AAAUUGGUCCGUUCCGGCCACCCCGCGCUUCCCCUUCCCGCAUUCUUCGCCUCUGGCCUCUGCUCGCGCUCCCGUUUUCGCCGCGCACGAGCACCACGAGCGCGCUCGAGCCUCGAACAAAUUCCAGCACCCUGGCUCGGGCCAACCCGAUUCUCCGCAUCCGAUUCCUUCUCCCUCCUGCGAGGCCGGCCGUCCACAAGCUCCGGCCUGCUUGUUCUUGGCGCGCUAGCUAGCUAGCUAUUUGGUAGUACGAGCUCGAUCACCGGAGCUAUCUGCCGCAGGCGCUCGAACCAGACGCGGCGCCAUUCCUCGCGUCGCGGAGCCAGGCGUAGGCAGCAUGGGCGCCGGCGCGUCGGACCUCGCGGCACCGGCGGAGGCGCCGGGGUCCGGGCUGGGCGACAUGCCGGAGCUGUGCGCGGCGGAGGUGCUGCUCCGGCUGGGCGCGCCCGACAUAUGCCGGCUCGCGCGGCUCAACCGCGCGUUCCGCAGCGCCGCGGCCGCCGACUUCGUGUGGGAGGCCAAGCUGCCGGAGAACUACGGGUACCUCAUGGGCUUCGUGCGUGGCAGCGGCGGGGAGGACGUGGAAGGGGGUGGGAAGAGGAGCGCCUUGGGGAAGAAGGAGGUCUACGCCAGGCUCGCCAAGGCCGUGCGGUUUGACGACGGCAAAAGGGAAUUCUGGUUGGAGAAGAGCACCGGCAUGGUUUGCAUGGCAUUAUCCUCAAAAUCGUUGGUGAUAACGGGGAUCGAUGACAGGAGAUAUUGGGUUCAUAUGCCAAACACAGAGUCUAGGUUCCAGUCCGUGGCGUACCUGCAGCAAAUCUGGUGGUUCGAGGUGGUCGGGGAGAUCGACUUCCGCUUCCCGGCGGGGACCUACGGCCUCUACUUCAGGCUCCACCUCGGGAAGCCCUCUUCUUCCAGGCACGCCGGCCGCCGCGGCUGCGGCUCCGAGAAGAACGCCGGCAGCGGCAUCCACGGCUGGGACAGGAAGCCCGUGCGGUUCCAGCUGUCGACGUCCGACGGCCAGAACGCCGUGUCGCGGCGCUACCUGGACGACGAGCCGGGGAGCUGGGCCCUGUACCACGCCGGCGACUUCGUGGUGGCCCCCGACACGGAGGAGCACGGUCACGGGCGGCCGGUGAGGGUCAAGUUCUCCAUGGCGCAGAUCGACUGCACCCACACCAAGGGCGGCCUCUGCGUCGACUCCGUGCUCGUGUACCCCAGGGGAUUUCGGACAGAGAGAGUGGUUGAUGCUCAGACGUGACUAGUGAGUGAGUAGUGAGAUUAGUUGUGUGUUUGAUCAUGUUCGUUUUGUAUUGUAAAUAGCUAGAGAAAUAUGUGAAGCAGUAGGUCGCGAGCGUCAGUGCUAGCUUGAGAUUACCGACUGGUUUGAUGUGUUUCCAUAUUGAAGGUGAAGCUCCACAUCCCUACAAAUCAUGGUUGCUCGAAUUUCGUGAACACUUGUCUUAAAUUUCAUGAGCA